CGGGAACUCGUUGUUCCUGUUUUGUCUUCCCCAUCCCUCCGUGCCUUGGCCCUCAACGCUUUGGCCCUCGACCUUGCUUUGUCCCCAGAAGGAUGAUGGAAUGACUCGCAUGUAUCAGGAUCAUCAGUUACCACUUCCUCGACAAUGGCCCCCUCUUCCAUGCUGUUCCAACUCGCUGACGACCUCUGGUCCCCAGGCGAUUUGCACGAUCUGGUCGUCAUCCGCGCAGAGAGUUCAAUGCUCCGUGUGACGCGCCAGCCACUGGUACAGUUCCCGCACGUGCUGGAGUCGUUGCCCAACCUGCAAGACGAUGCGUCGAGUGGAAACAUGGAGCGCGAGUACCUGGAAGGCAUCAUGAUACUGCCCUUACACGACACAGCCAACGAGACUGAGCGCAUUUUACGUGCGGCACUCCGACAUACCUGGUUCGGCCAAACCAGCUCGGGAGACCUCCAGCUGGGCCCGUUCCUCGGCGUUCUGCGGCUGGCGCACAAGUACCAAGCGAAACCCCUCUUCCGACAAGCUUUGGUUAAGCUAGGGGAGAUCUAGCCCACCACUUUCUCGGACCACUCCCAGAGGAAAUGGCAGCCCUACCUUGACCGGCGGACCCCAGCGAGCGUUCGGAGAUCCUGCAGGGUCAUCUAGAGGCGCUCUCCACCGUGCUCGCUGUUCAAGCCCGCUCGCUCCUCCCAGCCAUCAUCUGCGCCGUCUCCACGUACUCGCUCGAUGACGAUCCCGCUCUGGGCAAGCGGUGGGCGGGCCUGUCCCCGACGCUACGCAUGACGUGCCGCUCGAUGCAGAUGUGCAACCGGCGGAUAGACUCGAAGCUGCGUAGACUCCCUAUCGACCACGCGUUCGAGUGGGGCUGCGAAUCGUGCGAUGUCGGGCAGAUGGGUCGAAGGGAUUGGGUACAGACUGGAUUGGGCUGAAGCAGAGGGGAGCUCGGACGCUGUUUGCUCUGACUUUGACUCGGAGGAUGAGGGAAUAGUCCGCGUGCCUGGAUUGCUCCCCACGCGGAAACACCCCCUCAGUCAGAUGCGGAGCACCAAGUGCAUCAGUGCGGACAAGAGUUCACUCUCGGCGCAGUGUUACCAAGCCAUCAAGCAGGUGGAUGGGGAGUUGCUGGAUAUGUUCUGGGAUCAUAUGCCCGCGCAGUGCGGUCUCCCAAGCUGGGGCAUUCUGGAGAGGGAGAAGGCAUCGGCACUACGGAAUGGUGCUCUGUAGUCAGUUCGAUCGACUUGUGUGCUGCCUACUGUGUAUCGAUCACCGCAGUCUAGCUCUGCAUUGAAAAAUUGGUCAAUUUUGGUCUGGGAUUCAUCUGGGACACUUCGUGGUCCUC